UGCGGCGGCUGCGCGUAGGAGCGAGGUGCUUGCUGGGGCUGGGGUGCGCGACGGCGCCGGGGGCUGCGGUGAACGCCUCGCAGGCCGAGCAGUUCCCUGUGGGGAGGCGCCGUCGCCAUUGCCACCUCGCUCGGUGAGCGCGUCCCGCUCGCCGAGCAGGGCCGCAGCCGACCGGCGGCACCAUGGGCCAGUGUGGCAUCACCUCCUCCAAGACCGUGCUGGUGUUUCUCAACCUCAUCUUCUGGGGAGCCGCUGGCAUUUUAUGCUAUGUCGGAGCCUAUGUCUUCAUCACUUACGACGAUUAUGACCACUUCUUUGAAGAUGUGUACACUCUCAUCCCUGCUGUGGUGAUCAUAGCUGUUGGGGCCCUUCUUUUCAUUAUUGGGCUAAUUGGUUGCUGUGCCACAAUCCGGGAAAGCCGCUGUGGACUUGCCACGUUUGUCAUCAUCCUACUCUUGGUUUUUGUCACAGAAGUUGUUGUUGUGGUUUUGGGAUAUGUUUACAGAGCAAAGGUGGAAAAUGAGGUUGAUCGCAGCAUUCAGAAGGUAUAUAAGACCUACAAUGGAACCAACCCUGAUGCUGCUAGCCGGGCCAUUGACUAUGUUCAGAGACAGCUGCACUGUUGUGGAAUUCACAACUAUUCAGACUGGGAAAAUACAGACUGGUUCAAAGAAACCAAAAACCAGAGCGUCCCUCUUAGUUGUUGCAGAGAGACAGCCAGCAGCUGUAAUGGCAGCCUGGCCCACCCCGCUGAUCUCUAUGCUGAGGGGUGUGAGGCUCUAGUUGUGAAGAAGCUACAAGAAAUCAUGAUGCAUGUUAUCUGGGCAGCGUUGGCAUUUGCAGCUAUUCAGCUGCUGGGCAUGCUGUGCGCCUGUAUCGUGUUGUGCAGAAGGAGUAGAGAUCCUGCUUAUGAGCUCCUCAUCACCGGCGGAGCCUAUGCAUAGUAGAAAACUCAAGCCUGAGCUUUUCAGUCUUGUUCUGAUUUGGAAGGUGAAUUGAGCAGGUCCACUGCUGUUGGCCUCCUGAGUUCAUUUAGUUAAAGCACACAUACACAGGUGUUGGACAGAGCAGCUUGACUCUUCAUUUGUCUACCUUCUUACCUACCCACCUAUGACUUUUUUUUUCCCCUCUGUUCUAGCUCUCCGUGUCCGUAAGUGUUUUGAGUACAGCGGUAAAUGUUCUAAUCUCAGAACCGUUUGUGAGUUGCAUAGUGUGGUAGAAUCAAAGGUUGACGUGGCCCUGCUUCUGUCACCUCCAAGCAUAAUGGGACUGCUGCUGUAGUAUCACCAGGUCCUUUCAGUCUUCACAGUGGAGAACUCUUGGCCAAAGGUUUUGGGGGGGAGGAGGAGGCAGUCAGCUGUCUGGUUAAAGUUAAUACCAGAUAGUGCCCCUCAUCAGUGUCCUUUUUAAAAAUAUAUACUAUAGUCCAGUAAGAUAGCAACUGUACAAAAUGGCUAAGAUAGAUUUUAGAAUCAUACCUCGUGUAUCUUGGUUCAUCUUCAAAAUCAGACUGAUCUUUGAAACUAGCGGUUUUUAAUCAAAGCUGGCUUUAUAGGAGGAGUAUAAUGUAUGCACUACUAUUUUAAAACAGUUAGUGUGAGUGUGUGCGUGUAUUUUUGUAUGAUUGAGCCCAUUCAUCGUUAAGUCUAAACUUGUUAGAAAUAAUGUACACAUGUAGACUAGCAAAAUAGUAUGUAGAUGUGAUCUCAGUUGUAAAUAGAAAAAUCUAAUUCAAUAAACUCUGUAUCACCCCCUCAA